AAAGUAAAGAGCAUAAUGAUAUCGACAAAAUUUGAAAAAAUGAUGCAUUUUUAGUAAACUAAAAGUUUAAAAAUGGCAGCAGCCUUUCAGCAACAAAUAUUUGCACUCGAUGCACGAUUCAAUGCGUACAGAGCGCCAGGGAAUCCAAAUUUUAAAACAUUGUAUAUUCGACGACGCAGUCAACUUUUAAGGGAAAAUGCGAAAUUUAAGGACAUUGAAACUAUAAAGAAAUACAUUAAUAUAAGAAGUCAGUUGCUGCAGAGGAGAUAUGGAGUUCAGGAUAACAUCUCAAUCAGCUCUUCAUCUUCUCGAGCCAGGUCUAGCAGUAAGGCAAGCUUAGCAGUUGAUGAGGUAUCUGGCAGUACGAAGAAGAAAAAUGAUCUAACAAUAUCAGAAAACUAUGCUUUUACUGGAGUUCAUCAUAUUUUUGAUCAGCACAGUGAUGAGGUGAGUGUGGUGAAGUUUGCGAACAAUGACCGCUCGAAGCUGUGCUGUGCGUCGCGCGACGGCACUGUCUCCAUCUGUGACGUGACCGCAACCCCGCCGCGAGUCUCUGUUGUACUGGAGGGACACACCGAUGCUGUCACUGACUGCGACUGGUCGGCGUCCAAUGAGCUGGUGGUGACGUGUGGGCUGGACGGUGCGCUGUGCGUGUGGGACGUAGCACGUCGCCGGCGGCUGCGCGAGGCGCGCGACCAGCUCGCCGCACCGCUCCUUUGUUGCGCUUUCCAGCCCGCCAAUAACAACAUGGUUAUUGCGGGAAAUGCAAGAGGAAUGGUAGAAGUGCUCAACGUGUCGACAGGAAUAUAUCCUAGAGGUGGCAGCAGCAUCCUGGGCGGCAAGGUGCAGGCCAUCGCCUGCGAGUCCAGCGGCAGAAUGUUUUGGGCGGCCAAUGACAAGGGUGUAAUAGUGAGUUACCGCACAUCGGGUACGGGGGCGCUGAGCAAGUUGCGGCGGUGCUGUGUUGGAGGCGCAGUCACCAGCCUCAGCUGGAGCCCCUGGCUGGCGCGUCACCCCGCGCUGCUCGUCAGCGCCGCCGACAACUCGCUGUAUCUCUUCAGGAUAACGGACCGAGAAGGCAGCUUGAGCCUGAAGAAGCGUUUCGAGACUGUGCACCGAAGUCACAGUGUGCGCUCAACCUUUUGCCCCAUCAUGUCGUUCCGGCGCGGCGUGUGCGUCGUCAGCGGCGGCGAGGACGCCUGCGUCUACUUCCUCGACAUCGAGGGCCAUGCAGGACAGCCCGUCGUCAACAAGCUGCAAGGACACGCGUCCGCAGUACUCGGCGUCAGCUUCAGCUACGACGAGAGUCUGCUGGCCAGCAGCGAUGUCUCCGGUCUGGUCAUCAUCUGGCGUCGUGGCUGACUACUCAAAUAUCGUAUAAUAAGUGAAUCGGUGAAUAAAUCUCUCUAUUCAAUAAUAA